AUGGCUUUCAGAAUGUUGAAAUCGGCUGCUUUGACAAUGUCCCUGAUGAGCAUGGCAAAUGCUGCCAUCUCAAUCUCGAAGACCGGAACUACCGUUACUGUUAAUGGCAUCAGUUAUUAUGUUGGGAUUGACGCGGUUGCAACCAUCCAGUCCAAGCCGAGUACAGCAGAUUUGGUUCCUUUGACGGUUAUGAAAAGUUCAGAAAAGAGUUUCACUGCUGCUUCAUUUAAAUCAUUAGUUGCCAACUACACUGCCUUUGACGAUGUUUUCAAUCCCGGAUUUUUGGAAGCUGUCCAUCUUGUUGGUUCUACUAAUUCUAGUUCGUUAUCAACCGUUUGUCAUGAAUAUGGAACUCAAAAGUUUACCAGCGGUUCACACAAUCAAGUGCCUCCAGGGCCAUACUUUCUAACACCAAAUACAGGCGAGCUCUUCAAGGCUUAUCGUCUGUAUUCUGAUGUACAAGAUGCUUUUACUGAAGGAACAAUUGAGAACUCGGACGGAACAUUUUCUGUUUUGAGUGCAUCCAUUCCUGGGGUGCAGAGUUCUACUAUCGGGGUGCCUUCCAGGCUUUACUAUACUAAAACCGCUGAAAAGCCCCUCGCUGGAGUCCGGCUUGGUGUUAAGGAUAUCUACGAUAUUGCAGGAAUCAAGACCAGCAAUGGGAAUCGAGCGUAUUAUGAGCUUUAUCCACCAGCAAAUGUUACCGGACCAGCUGUCCAGAGUUUGAUUGACGCAGGAGCAAUUAUCGUCGGGAAAAUGAAGACAUCCCAAUUUGCUAAUGGGGAAAGUCCAACUGCGGAUUGGGUCGACUAUCACUGCCCUUUCAACGCCCGUGGUGAUGGAUACCAAUCCCCAUCCUCUUCUUCUGCUGGUCCUGGAGCUGGGAUUGGUGCCUAUGAUUGGUUAGACCUUGGCAUUGGAUCCGAUACUGGUGGAAGUAUUCGUAAUCCAUCUCAAGUCAAUGGAUGUUUCGGUAACAGACCAUCCCAUGGGAUGGUUAGCUUGGAUAACGUCAUGCCUUUGUCUCCGACUCUUGACACCGCCGGCUUUCUCACCAGAGAUCCAAUUUUGUGGCACGAAGCUGCUAAAGUCUUGUAUGGAAACAACAUCACAAGUAACUUCACUGAAUUUCCCAAGAGGAUCUUGACAUCAGGCUUUCCGGAGAAUGCCACAACAGAGGCUGAAUCAGUCUUACUUGAUUUCCUGGCGAAGUUAGAAACGUUUCUUAACUCGACAAGCACGACUGCUCUAGAUAUGGGGGCUCUAUGGAACGAAACAACCCCAUCUGGAGCAAAUAGCUCAUCAAUUGACGACUUCCUCAGUCUUGUCUAUCCUACCCUCAUUACCCAACAACAAUACAGUCUUCUUGCCGAACCGUUUUAUGCAGAUUACGCCGCUGCGAAUGAUGGCGCCCGUCCUUUCAUUGACCCCGUACCAUUAAGCAGAUGGGCUUGGGGACAAAACAACAUCAGUGCUGAUGCAACCAAACAAGCCAUUUAUAACAAAACUAUUUUCAUGGAUUGGUUCGCCGCGGAAGUUGUACCUUCUAGCCCCAUCAGCUGUAGUGAAAGUUUGUUUCUCUAUCCUGGGACAUUAGCAGAAACGUCGUAUAGAAAUGAAUACACCGGUCUCCCAGAAGUACCGUCUGGAUGGUCUGUCAGCCGCGUCUCCAACUUUGCCGAAGUCCCCGAUAUGGUGUUCCCAAUAGGUCAAGCUGCAUACAAUUCUACCAUAUCAUUACAAACAGAAUAUCUACCGGUGGCAAUUGACAUCAUUGCGAGAAAAGGGUGUGAUGGGAUGAUUUUUGAACUGGCGGAACGGUUGUUAGAAGAAGGUAUUCUGGUGAUUCCCAAAGCAGGGAGUGUAAUGUAUUGA